ACCCAGCACUUAAAGGCUGGGAUAAAUUCACUCACAUAUAUCACAACAGCUUCUAUAUAUAGGCUUUCAAGCGCUUUCUUGAACCGACUUUGUUUCUAGUUUAGCUUUAAGCUAACUAGUAAACUGGAGCAUUGACAGGCUAGCGCAGCCUGCUAGCUAACAACAAGGAGGCGUCAUUCUUGUGGACUGUUGUGAAAAGUCACUAAUUGGACUGACUAGACUUCUUCGGACACCAUGGUGGAGCCGGUCCCUGAGUCGGUCAACUUUCCCUCUGAGGAGGAGAAGAUCCUGCAGAUGUGGAAUGACAAGGACUGCUUCCAGGAAUGCCUCAAACAGUCCAAGAACAGGCCAAAGUACACCUUCUAUGAUGGCCCUCCUUUUGCCACCGGUCUACCCCAUUAUGGACACAUCCUAGCUGGCACCAUCAAGGACAUUGUCACUCGUUUUGCUCACCAGAGUGGUUUCCAUGUGGACCGGCGCUUCGGAUGGGACUGUCAUGGCCUACCUGUGGAGUAUGAGAUUGAUAAGACCUUGGGGAUCAAAGGGCCUGAAGAUGUGGCAAAAAUGGGCAUUGCUGAGUACAACAAGCAGUGCAGAAACAUUGUCAUGAGGUACUCCAACGAGUGGGAGAAUUCAGUGAAGCGGAUGGGAAGAUGGAUUGACUUCAGAAAUGACUACAAGACUCUCUACCCCUGGUUCAUGGAGACUGUCUGGUGGGUGUUCAAACAGCUCUACGACAAAGGUCUGGUAUACCGUGGUGUCAAAGUCAUGCCUUUCUCAACUGCCUGCAACACACCGCUGUCCAACUUUGAGUCCCACCAGAACUACAAGGAUGUUCAGGACCCUUCUGUGAUUGUCAAUUUCCCAUUGGUUGAGAACGAGGAAGUGGCUUUGAUCGCCUGGACGACCACACCCUGGACACUGCCAAGUAACCUGGCCCUCUGUGUUAACCCUGAGUUCCUUUAUGUCAGAGUCAAAGAUAACACGACUGACAAGACCUACAUCAUGAUGGAGGCCAGGCUAGGGGCUCUGUUCAAGUCAGAGAGCGAGUACACUCUCCUAGACAAGUUUCCUGGUAAGACGCUGAAAGGGAAAAAAUACAAGCCUCUUUUUCAGUACUUCUCUAAGUGUGGGGAGAAAGGAGCGUUCCAGGUGGUGAUAGAUAACUACGUCAAGGAGGAGGAGGGUACAGGAGUGGUCCACCAGGCACCAUACUUUGGAGCUGAUGAUUACCGGGUGUGCACAGAAUUCAACAUCAUCCAGAGAGAUCAGGCUCCUAUCUGCCCUGUGGACGCCUCAGGCUGCUUCACGUCAGAGGUCACUGACUUUGCGGGACAGUACGUCAAAGAUGCUGAUAAGAACAUCAUCAAGUUGCUGAAGGAAAAUGGACGACUCGUCAAUGCCAGCACCUUCAAACAUAGCUACCCCUUCUGCUGGAGGUCUGACACGCCCCUGAUCUACAAAGCCGUCCCCAGCUGGUUUGUCCGAGUGGAGCACAUGGUGGAGAAACUUCUGGACAACAAUGGCAAAUGUUACUGGGUGCCGGAGUUUGUUCGUGAGAAACGUUUUGGGAACUGGCUGAGAGAUGCACGAGAUUGGGCGAUCUCGAGAAACCGUUACUGGGGCACACCGAUCCCGCUCUGGGUCAGCGACGACUUCGAGGAGGUGGUGUGCAUCGGCUCCAUGGCUGAACUCGAAGAGCUGACCGGAGUCAAAGUAACUGAUCUGCAUCGGGAGAGCAUCGACAGUCUGACCAUCCCGUCACGGUGUGGUAAAGGCGUCCUGCGGAGGGUUACAGAAGUGUUUGACUGCUGGUUUGAGAGUGGCAGCAUGCCUUAUGCCCAGGUCCACUACCCCUUUGAAAACAGGAAGGAGUUUGAGGACACUUUCCCAGCAGAUUUCAUCGCUGAAGGCAUCGACCAGACGAGGGGAUGGUUCUACACCCUGCUGGUCCUCUCAACAGCUCUGUUUGGCAAACCACCCUUCAAGAACGUCAUUGUUAACGGACUUGUGCUUGCUAGCGAUGGACAGAAGAUGAGCAAGCGCAAGAAGAACUACCCAGAUCCAGGACUCAUAGUGCAGAACUAUGGAGCCGAUGCCCUCAGACUGUACCUCAUCAACUCUCCCGUGGUGAGAGCAGAGAACCUGCGUUUCAAAGAGGAGGGGGUACGGGACGUGUUGAAGGAUGUCUUCCUGCCGUGGUACAACGCCUACCGCUUUCUAGUGCAGAACGUACAAAGGUUACAGAAGGAGGAUGACAUUCAGUUCCUGUACAAUGAAAACACAGUGAAGCAGAGUGACAACAUCAUGGACAGAUGGAUCCAGUCCUUCACACAGUCUCUCAUCCAGUUCUUCAAGGCUGAGAUGGAUGCUUACCGCCUGUAUACAGUUGUGCCUCGCCUGGUAAAGUUUGUGGACAUGUUGACCAACUGGUACGUCAGGACAAACAGACGCCGUCUAAAGGGAGAGAGUGGCACUGAGGACUGCCUGUGGGCGCUGGAAACCCUCUUCAGUGUUCUGUUUUCCAUGUGCAGGCUGAUGGCUCCUUUCACACCUUUCAUUACAGAGAUGAUGUACCAAAAUCUGCGUCACCUCAUCGACCCCGCCUCUGUGGAGGAGAAGGACAGUGGGAGCAUCCACUAUCUCAUGCUGCCACAAGUCAGGGAGAAUCUGAUUGACAAGCGCAUUGAGAGUGCCGUUUCCCAGAUGCAGUCUGUGAUUGAGCUUGGCAGAGUGAUCAGAGACAGGAAGACCCUACCUGUCAAGUACCCAUUAAAGGAGGUGGUAGUCAUUCACCAGGACCCAGAGGCUCUAAAAGACAUCCAGUCCCUGCAGAAAUACAUCCUGGAAGAGCUAAAUGUGCGACAGUUGACGCUGUCUACAGACAAGAACAAGUACGGUAUCAGCCUGAGAGCUGAGCCAGACCACAUGGUGCUGGGCAAGAGACUAAAGGGGGCCUUCAAAGCCGUCACUGCUUCAAUCAAGGAGCUCACCAGCACACAGCUUGAGUCCUUCCAGAAAACAGGCUCCAUCAUGGUAGACGGCCAUGAGCUGCAUGAGGAGGACCUGAGGCUAAUGUACACCUUCAAUCAGAGCUCCGGCUCAGCAGCACAGUAUGAAGCACAUUCGGAUGCACAGGUCCUGGUGCUGCUGGAUGUCACCCCGGACCAGUCCAUGCUGGAUGAGGGCGUCGCCCGAGAGGUCAUCAACCGUAUUCAGAAACUACGCAAGAAGGGCCAUUUGGUGCCAUCAGAUGAGAUUACUGUGUACUACCGUUGUCAGCCAGGAGGGGAGUACUUGGACUCAGUGAUCCAGGCUCACACUGACUUCAUCCUGGCUACCACCAAGGCUCCACUGCUGCCCUUCCCUGCCCCUAAGACUGCCAGCGUCAUUAUAGAGGAAAAGACUCAGCUAAAGGGCUCAGACUUGGAGUUAAUCAUAGUGAAGGGAUCUUCAGCCCCUCGUGUGCAGCUAAAUGGACCAGCCUGCAGCUACGUAAACCUCAAAGUGAUGGUCAACAACAAAGAACAAGAGGGUGUCGUACUGUUGGAGAACCCCAAAGGAGAUAACAGACUGAGCUUAGACCAGCUGAAGAAAGUCUGCAGCAGCAUCUUUGCAACCAAUAACACCAAGCUCAGAGUCUUCAACGGCGGGACUGAGUUGACCAGUAAAACUGACCUUCAGGCUCUCAAUGGUAAAACUUUGUCAGUGACUUCAGGAUCUUCCUCUUCUGGAUCUGCCCCCACCACCGACACCCUCCUGUGUCCUUACGUGAAUCUGCUGCUCUGCAACGCACAACCAGCAGAGUGCCAAUCAGGAGAUACAGGCACCCUCCUGCUUGUGAACCCAGUGGGCAAGAAUGGGCUCGACCACUCAGGUUUACUCACUGAGGCUGCCAAGGUGUUUGGCCUCCGCAGCAGACGUCUCAAACUGUACCUGGACCAGGACCUCACACAGGAGCUGACGGCUGACUCAUCAGUGAAAUCUCUAGACACCAAAACUCUUUUUGUGAGAGUUCUUCCAACAACUGCAGAAGCAUAAAUCCUGAGAAGCCAUGUUGGGAUCUUGGCAUCAACAUUUGUCUCAGAUUCCUUACUGGUUUCCUGAAUGAUUUUUUUUUUACCACUUCAAUCGCUCAAAUAACCUCUCUAGUACAGUGGAUUCAUGAUGCUUUCUGGAAACCCUGAUGCAAAAAAGGUUUGUCUGUCAAGUUCACAGGUUUUACUCUGCAGAGUCACUAUCAUUCAUAUCUUAAAUUUCCUCAAUCAACUUCAGGCACAAAUUAGCCUGCCAAAAAAAGUUGUCAGAUUUGAAUGCGUUUCAGCACAUUCCAAGAUGUGAUGAUAGCUCUAAUUAAUCGUCAUAUAUAGCCAAGUCAUACAAUACUAUUCUCUCUUUCACAGAUUCUUUUCUCCAUCUUUAAUUUUCACUAAUUACAUUAAGUGACAGAGCUUUGAAAGCACAAUGUGUUUCUUUUGAACAGAAAUAAAAAGAUUUACAUCAUUUCCUGACUACAAAGUGGGUGAACUUCAAUAACAGAAAGAUAAUUACAUGUAGCAGCGGUGUAGACCUGCUGGAGAGAUGCGUGACGAGACUGGUUAUGGACGGAAGAAAUUGUCAGAUGGAUGGGAAACCAAACAUCAAACUCUUCCUGGAAAUAAUGAUUCAAGGGAACUGUCUAACCUGUCUAGCUGUCAGUAUUGCCAAUGGGUGUUUUUCUUUCUCAUGCUAAUCAGGAAAAUUAUGCAAGCUACUUCUCUUCAAGGCUUAUUUGAGGUGAGCUUAGUCCACAGUAAUUAUUGCUGCGGCUCAUUAUUGGGAAACCAAUUUGGCCCAUUGUGCUUACACUCAUUUUUGAAUUUCACAGAUAAACCUAUUCUGCUCAUUCAUUGCAUUUGAAAGUCCUUUGACAGUGUAAAGGCAUUUUAAAGGUGAAAUGGAUUUCCAGGCUGCUGUACCUACAGGACAAAAGGUUCUCUUAUAAAAAGCAACACAUGGAAAAUGCUCUAUUUUAAGUGAUAAAUGGAAUAAAUCAGAGGUGACUAAGA